AUGUCAUCCAACCCACAGUCGGUUUUAGAUCAACUCAAGAUCGACCUGAAGCCAUCAAACGCACGUUUGAUAGCUCCUCCAGAAUCAGUCCAGGAAGCUCUCUAUCCUGGUGCUCAUAUUGCAACAGGAGUGGAGGGUGCUGGUAAUAUGUACCAUCAUGGUAUUGUUCUCGACACCAACGGACAGAUGGAAAUACUUCAUUUCUGGGGACCUGGUGACAAAACUACCGCUAAAAUUCAAACAACGACACUUGCUGCCUUUUUAGCUGGCAGCCCUGAAUUAGUUGGGAGCGUUAGUCGACCAUUGUACCUAAUCUCGUACGCCAAUGACAACGCGGAAAAACGUCAAAGAACUGUUGAUCGGGCUCGUGAAUUAUUAAAGAGUCCUACUCAGACUGAUUAUAAUCUUCUACAUUCGAACUGUGAAUGCGUCGCUUUCUACUGUCGAACAGGAUCAUGGGUCAGUAAACAGGUGAUCACAGUCGUCAAUGAGCUGGUUAGUAGGCUAAUCCCUCGUGGAAUAUCCGGUUCAUUCGGGAGUUUGAGCGGGACACUUCGAAACGCUCCUUGA